CAUCGAGGCGAGUUGGGCGGACGAGGCACGCAUAUGUCCACGUUCGAUGAUACCAAGAUUGUGGCCACAAGACAGGUGAAGAAGGCGGCCACCGCUGUCGCCGGUGCCGCCGCCGCUGCCACUGUCACCGUCGUCGCUGCUGUUGCUGCUGCCGCCACCACUGCCACCACCGCUGCCGCCGCCAGCGAUCUGAACACAGGCACAGCACUGAACUACGCGAGCGCUGCCAAGCGCUUCAAGCUGGCCGCGGUCACGAGCAUCGCGCAACGAGACGAGACCGACGUGAUCGGGAGGGACGAGAUCAUCAUGACGGACACGGCGACUGCCGCCGCGACCGACACGCAGAAGCGAGCCAAUUUCUCGGCGUUAACCGUCGGCAAUUCGAAUGGCGUCAACAAGAUCUCGCAGAAUCUAGCGAACGCGAAACCUGGCUCCGCCAAGAAGCUCAUCAUCAAGAACUUCAAACAUAAACCCAAAUUGCCAGAGAACUAUCAAGAACAAACAUGGGAAAAAUUGCAAGAGGCUGUGGUUGCCAUACAAACCAGCAAAAGUAUCGGCUACUCUCUGGAGGAGCUCUACCAGGCGGUUGAAAAUAUGUGUAAUCACAAAAUGGCAUCGACGCUUUAUACAAAUUUGACUAUUCUGACAGAAUCUCACGUGAAAGCUAAUAUCGAGCAAUUUCUGGCAGAGUCUAUGGACAGACAUAUAUUUCUUAAGAAAAUGAACGAGUGUUGGCAAUCACAUUGUAGACAAAUGAUCAUGAUCCGGAGCAUUUUCUUGUAUCUCGACAGGACAUACGUUCUACAAAAUCCAGGCAUAUCGUCGAUAUGGGAUAUGGGAUUGCAUCUCUUCAGAUUACAUAUUGUGUUGAACAACCUGGUGCAAACGCGUACAGUUGAGGGUCUGCUUAUGCUGAUAGAAAAGGAACGGCAAGGCGAUACCGUAGAUCGUACACUUCUCAAGUCAUUGUUAAGGAUGUUGUCCGAUCUGCAAAUCUACCAAGAGGCCUUCGAAACAAAGUUCCUAGUAGCUACAGAAAGAUUGUACGCUGCUGAAGGUCAACGAUUGAUGAGCGAGCAUGACGUUCCUGAAUAUCUGGCUCAUGUGGAUAAGCGACUGCAAGAGGAAAAUGAGCGACUGUUACAUUAUCUCGAUACAACGACCAAGUGGUCACUCAUACACACUGUAGAAAAGCAAUUACUCUCCGAACAUAUUACUAGCAUUUUACAGAAAGGUUUAAGUGGAUUGUUGGACGAGAAUAGGAUUAACGAUUUAUCGUUACUUUACAACUUAUACAGUCGGAUAAAAAAUGGCCUUGUGGAGCUUUGUUUGAAUUUUAAUUCCUACAUUAAGAAAAAGGGCAAGACAAUAGUUAUAGAUCCCGAAAAGGAUAAAACGAUGGUGCAGGAACUGCUAGAUUUCAAGGACAAAAUGGAUAACAUAGUCAACACGUGUUUUCAUAAAAAUGAGAAGUUUGCGAAUAGCUUAAAAGAAGCCUUCGAAGCUUUUAUUAAUCAGAGAGCAAACAAGCCGGCGGAAUUAAUAGCUAAAUUUGUCGACUGUAAAUUGCGCGCGGGUAACAAGGAAGCGACGGAAGAAGAAUUGGAAAGAUUGUUAGAUAAGAUUAUGGUGCUCUUCCGAUUUAUCCAUGGCAAGGACGUUUUCGAAGCGUUUUACAAAAAGGAUUUGGCCAAACGUUUGUUAGUAGGAAAAUCGGCAUCGGUGGACGCGGAGAAGUCGAUGUUGUCAAAGUUAAAGCAAGAAUGCGGUGGUGGUUUUACUAGUAAAUUGGAAGGAAUGUUUAAGGAUAUGGAACUUAGCAAAGAUAUCAAUAUUGCGUUCAAACAGUACGCAGGAAACUUGCAGAACGAGCUAGCAGCAAACAAUCUGGACUUGACUGUGUCUAUACUAACUAUGGGAUAUUGGCCUACGUAUCCUGUAAUGGAAGUCACCCUGCCGAUGGAAAUGGUGCAGUAUCAGGAUGUCUUUAACAAAUUUUACUUGGGAAAGCACAGUGGCAGAAAAUUACAAUGGCAACCAACUUUGGGACAUUGUGUGUUGAAAGCGUGGUUCAAUCAGGGUAAUAAGGAGCUACAAGUAUCGCUAUUCCAAGCAUUGGUUUUAAUUUUAUUCAACGACUCUGACAACCUUUCAUUGGAAGACAUCAAAACCGCCACGAAUAUCGAGGAUGGCGAGCUGAGGAGAACGCUGCAGUCUCUGGCAUGCGGAAAAGCGCGUGUCCUUCAAAAGAAUCCGCGUGGUCGCGACGUCGCCGACAAUGAUAGAUUCGUGUUCAACGCCGAGUUCACGAAUAAACUGUUUAGGAUCAAGAUCAACCAAAUCCAAAUGAAGGAAACGAACGAGGAACAGAAAGCGACGGAGGAGAGAGUGUAUCAGGAUAGGCAAUAUCAAAUAGAUGCUGCUAUCGUUAGAAUUAUGAAAAUGAGGAAAACGCUCACACACAAUCUUCUCAUCAGCGAACUGUAUAAUCAACUAAAGUUUCCUGUAAAGCCUGCAGAUUUGAAGAAACGGAUCGAGUCUCUUAUAGACAGAGAUUACAUGGAGAGAGACAAGGACAACGCGAACCAGUACAAUUACGUUGCGUAACCUAGAGCAAAUGCCAAAGUUACGUUGAAUCGUCGGAUCGACGCUAAUUUCUUUAGCAAAUUGAAUCUAUUACAACCAGUGUUUUUCUAUCGUGAAUGUGAUCGAUUGUAGUUAUCGAGCGUGAGAAGCCGAGUAACCGAGACCCAACUCUCGGCAUUAACAUCAUAAUGCGCGUGUGUGAUCAGUUCGUACAAAAAGAGAAGGAAAGGAAAAGGAAACGGAAUCUAACUCGACAGUAAAUCGUUUUGAUUUUCGUAGUGCGUAAUGGACACUGAAUGGUUGCAAUCCCCUUUGACCAGUGUUGUGUUGUUUCUGAUUUUCAUAACAAAAAAACCAGAAAAAGAGGAAAGACCAUAAGCAGAAUAUCUUCGAUGAUACAACGUCCUAGAAUAUAAUAAUUUUUUAUGCGUUAAGUGAAAUAUAAUAAAAGAUGCAAGAUGUAGUAUACAUACUUGUGACACUACCAUGAAAAAUAGAGUAAGAGUGCAAUUUGCAAUAUAAUUAAUUAAUUUCAGGAAGUGAAUAACAGUACAGUAUUUAUAAUGCAAAUAAAACAGCAUACUAUGUCUACGCGAUCCUGGUACUUACCUUCGAAAUCUGGAAAUUGUAUCUGCUGUACAUCACUCGCCUUCUCGUGCAAUUUCGAACAAAGGGAAAGGGAGAACCUAACCAUACAUUUAACGGAUUCUUUAAAACCACGAAUAAAACUAACGAAAUAUUUUGAAACACUGGCUCUUUUGACGUUAGAGAAGAAGUUUACAAGUCUGCAAUUUUAAUUAGCAGUAUAAUCCAGAAAAUAACAGAAUGUAAAAAAAGGAAACAAAGAAUAGCCAAUACUUUAUUGCGAAUCAAAGCUCUAUUUCUAACACUGUCAAAUAAUAAUGUAAGAUAAAUAAGAUUUUUCAAUAAGCAGAAAAAUAAAUAACAAUGACUAUUAAGAGUAAAAGAGAUUGCUAUUAAACAGGAAAAGGAUCUACAUUCUUAUGGAAAGUAAAACUAAAACUUACGCUCCAGAAUCGUUCAGUGGCUUGUUCAAUCGUUUUGUGUCCAUAUAUAUAUAUGUAAACUAGAUUAGAUGAUACAUUUUUACGAAUACACUUAUUGGCGCGAAUUAUUCUGCUCAUUGUGAUGGAAAACACUCGUACAGAGUUUCAACGUUUCAAAAUUUCGAGAAACGUUCACGCAAAUGCAGUAUAUAAAUAUACGUACUGCAUUUUAAUUCAAAGUUAGUCUUUUAAUCGAGGGAAGACUAGUAUUGUCAGCAAAAAACCGUUUUGGUAUGCCACUAAUGCUCCUAGCAGGAGCAAAUCAUAGCUUUACUUUGCCAUGUACAGAUUUAGGGGUAAUCUCAGGAAAGUGAAGGUAGAGUAUAUGAAUUAAUAUCCUCUCACACGUGAAUUACCCUAUACUGCGUUUGAAUUAUAUGUACGACGCAACAAAACUUAUUUUUUUGUAAUAAUUCAUAGAUCUAUCAAAAUUGUACAUAGAGAGUAAGGGGUACUGUACUUAUAAUAAAAUGCAAACAAAAAAAAGA